CCGGCCCGGCGCUGGUUCCGGGAUGCCCGGCGGGGCGGCCCAGGCGGGGCGGCGGGCGCUGCGGGCCGGGGCGGCGGGCAGGUGCAGGGCGAUGCAGAGCUGGGGCGCGCUGGGGGGCGCGGCGGCGGCGCUGGCCGCGGGGCUGUACGUGCUGUGGGGGCCGGGCCGCGGCGGGAGGCGCCGCAGAGGGCUUGUACCAGGCCUUCUCAACUUAGGGAACACCUGCUUCCUGAACUCCCUGCUGCAGGGCUUGUCCUCCUGUCCCUCUUUCAUCAAGUGGCUGGAGGAGUUCACAGCCAAGUACAAGAGGGAGCAGAACCAGCCCACUGAGCAUCGAUACUUGUCGGUCACUCUGCUGCAUCUCCUCAGAGCUCUGUCCUGCCAAGAGGUGACAGAAGAUGAUGUCCUGGAUGCAAGCUGCCUGCUGGAAGUGCUACGGAUGUACAGGUGGCAGAUCUCCUCGUUUGAAGAGCAGGAUGCUCAUGAACUCUUCCAUGUCCUUACCUCUUCACUGGAAGAUGAGCGGGACCAGCAGCCCCGUGAGACCCAUUUGUUCGACGUGCACUCGCUGGAGCAGCCAGAAAUAACCCAAAAGCAAAUAAUCUGCAGGACAAGAGGUUCUGUUUCAGGGUCUCUGCCCCCCGUGUCAAACCACUGGAAAUCUCAGCAUCCCUUUCAUGGAAGGCUGACCAGCAACAUGGUUUGCAAACACUGUGAGCACCAGAGCCCUGUGAGGUAUGAUACCUUUGACAGUCUCUCCCUGAGCAUCCCAGCAGCUGUGUGGGGUCGUCCUAUGACACUGGACCACUGCCUCCAUCACUUCAUCUCCUCUGAAUCUGUGAAGGAUGUUGUGUGUGACAACUGCACUAAAAUUCAAGCAGAAGGGACUCUGAAGGGACAGAGCAUAGAAAACCAGAGAACAACAUUUGUUAAGCAGUUAAAGUUAGGAAAGCUCCCUCAGUGUUUGUGCAUCCACCUGCAAAGGCUGAGCUGGUCCAACCAAGGCACUCCUCUGAAACGACAUGAACACGUGCAGUUCAAUGAGUUCCUCAUCAUGGACAUCUACAAAUACCACAUUCCUGUUCAUAAAUCAAGCCAGAAUGAGCUGAACCAGAAAAACUCUGAAGAGACAGCACCUGGAACAAAGGAUGGAAUAGCAGUGAAACCUUCUUCAGAUGCAGACCAGCCACCUGGCACUAAACCCCUCUUCAGGAACGGUGCCUGCUCCUCUUCAUUUUUAAUGCCCUCGGGAACAUUUCCAUUUGCUGCAUUCCCUGAAUGCAGUUCCCCCGUGUACCUGUACCGCCUGAUGGCGGUGGUGGUCCAUCACGGAGACAUGCACUCGGGACACUUUGUGACUUACCGCCGCUCCCCGCCGCCCCCCAGGAGCCCCCUCCCGGUCAGCAGCCAGUGGCUGUGGGUGUCGGAUGACACGGUGCGCAGAGCCAGCCUGCAGGAGGUCCUUUCUGCCAGCGCUUACUUGCUGUUCUACGAGCGCGUUCACUCGAGGGCGCAGCCCCACAGCGCCGAGCCGAGGGCUGAAGAGUGAUGGAGAGAGAAGGACAAAACCUGACACAAUUCCUCGCGUGAGAUCACGUUGCACCUCCUGUCUGUUAUGCAAAUAACCCACCACAGGCCCUUUAACUCCCACCCCCCCACCCCGUGGCAGUGGCUGGCUCCUGCUGGGAGUUGUGUUUGUACCAAAGUGUCACCACCCAAAGGUGGUCUUGCUGACGCUGUGCUGCCCAAGGUCCGUGCUAGAGAAGCAUUUAUUCUGUUAGGUAGUAAUUUUGACAACAUCAGAGCUCUGAAACAUUUCAAACAGACUUCCUCAGGCUGUGUUCCAUCUUCUGACAGGAAUGUACAUUUCAAAGGGAGAUGCUUUAAUCCCAGACAUUUCAGCGCAGACGUUUCUGAGCAGGGGAGCCCCAGGAGCAGCUGAUGGGAAGCUGCUGCCAUCAAAGGCAAUGAUUGCAGAAACAAAGUGCCUUCAGCUUAUUUGAACAGCAACAUUACCAUUGUCUGAGUCUGCUGCAUGUCCGUUGUAUUCUAGUAAAUGCUUCCAGAUGAUGGGAUGAACUGCUAACAGAUCAAGUGUUUCCUGAUCUCCCAGCUGAUCAGCACAGCAGAGCAUCCCUACAUAACCUGCAACAUCCAAAAACUACUUCCCUGUUUGUGUCAUUUUCCUAAUAUUUAAGUUCUUUACACAUCAUGGAAGUAUUUCUGCUGAUUCAAAGUGCAGCUUCCUUUUUCUAGGGGAAAACGUAAUUUUUUUGUCCAUUAAGAGCCAAGACUCCGAUUUGUUGCUCUGUUCCUUUGGAAUGUGGCUGGAAUGGGGAGUCAGGGGUGUUUGCCAGCAAACACUGUUGUCAUUUCCUUCAUCACUAUCAACUGUUGAAUACGGUUGCUUGUAGCAUCGACUACAACUUUUAAUGCUGUGAUUUCAAGGCUGCUGUAAUUGAUGUUCUAGACUUGCCCUUCCUGUUUAAUGCUGAAAACUGCCAUUUCUCAUCAAGCAUUCAGAUAACACACCAUCAGGCUUCAGUCCUCGUGUAGGUGGUGGCUGUGAGCAGAGAUGUGCAGCAACCCAACACCUGAGGAAGGUGGGGGACACACCAGGGAGUCUGGGCUGCUGGGCACACGCUUGUCCUGAGAAGCCACACAGAACUGGGACAAGACCAGUGUCACUGCACUGGAUACACAGAUUGCCAUGCAAGGAAGGUGCACUUUGCUGCUUUAGAUUGUUUGGUGUCCAAAAUAAAAGAAAUCCCAAACAAAGGGAGGAAGAAGCAGCAGAAGUUACCCUUCUGACUGCUUUUAAAUUACCAGGAAUAAAGUACGUAGGCUAUUUUUAGCUCUUUUCUAUCCUUGUAGGCUUGGAGGAAAAUAAAGACUAAUUCAUCCGA